AUGCAGUACACAUCUGACGAAGCCUAUGCACGGCUUAUCAGCCACCAUAUGACUGUGCCGCAAAGAAUUAAGGCUACUGGUGACAUAGUAGAUGAAGAUAGUGCUCCUAAUGGAAUAGUGUCGGGCUGGGACUAUGCAAAUGAAAAGUUUGACAUGAAAGUACCAGAAAGGAUACUUGUAGUGGGACAGGAUCAACAUGUUGGGACAAAAGCUCCACCUCGUGAAAUCCAGUUGGAUAAUGCAGUGCUACCAACAGACCCAGGUAUGAUUCGGGUCAGCACACCACCACGUGUAAUUACACUUGACCAACAUUACUUUCCGUCUGCUGAUGACUUUCCUCAAGGCAUGCCAACCAACUCUCCUCCAAGGAAUUCAAGAAACUUCAGGUCUCAAGGUGAUGGGGCACGUUCUACUACUCCCCGUCCUGAUAAUUUCAAUGAGUCCACUAUGACUGAGUCACGUUUGGUAUUGAGAGACCCAACGCCACCAAUGGGAAAUGGUGAAGGUUUGUCUACUUCUGAGGAGUUGGUACAUCUACGGCGUCAAAUCGUCAAACUUAAUCGUCGUGUAAUGUCAAUAGAGGCAGAGCAACUUCAGCGGCAACAGAAAGAAAAAAUUGCAUAUGCUUUUGGUAUAGCAUACUUGUUAUUCAAAGUUAUUGCUUGGCUGAAUAGAUCCUAA